AUUGUAAUAAUUAUUACAGUAAUUUAUAGUUAUUUUUUGUAUUCAUUUACUUAUUGGAAAAGAAAGGAUGUACCAUACAUCCAACCUUCUUUUCCAUUUGGUAACAUAAGUGCAAUGUUUUUCCGAAAACAGUCAAUGAGCCAAGUGAUGUCAAACUUAUACAACAGUGUCCAAAAACCAUUUUUUGGUAUAUAUGUAUUCCUUUUCCCACGAUUGGUGGUAAAAGAUCCCGAGUUAAUAAAAAUGAUAAUGGUAAAAGAUUUUCAGAACUUCCAAAACAGAGGAAAUGAGUUUGAUCCCAAAACAAAUGCUUUGGCAUCGAAUUUAUUUAGUUUAUCUGGUGAGGCUUGGGUAAAAUUGAGGAAUGUUCUAUCACCAGCUUUUACAUCUGGAAAACUGAAAGUUAUGAUGGAAACGAUCACAAAAUGCGGAGAACAACUUCAAGAACAUUUAUCAGAAAAGGCAAAGAACAGUGAAGUAGUUGAAUUUAAGGAUUUGGCAGCAAGAUACACGACUGAUAUAAUUGCAUCAGUAGCUUUUGGAAUAGACGUAAACUCUGUAAAAAAUCCUGACGACGAAUUUCGACAAAUUGGUAAAAAGAUCUUCCAAGUAUCCAAUUAUAAAGACUUUAUCGUGAAGUUAUUGUUCCACAAUUGCCCGGAAUUGAUAAAUUUAUUAAGAAUUUCAAUUAUUAAUGCUGAUGUGUACAAAUUUAUAAUGAAUAUUGUACAACAGAUUGUGACUCUUAGAGAGAAAAAAGGAGUAGUGAGAAAUGAUUUUAUGCAGAUGCUCAUACAGUUACGGAAUUCAGGAAAAGUUAAUGAAGAUGAUGGCAUGAAAGUUAAAAUCAAAGAUGCAAAGCUUUUAUCGAUUGAAGCAAUUGCUGCUGAAGCUCGCUUAUUCCUUGCAGCAGGUUUUGAAACAUCUUCAAUGACAAUGUCUUCAUUUUUUUAUGAAAUUUCCCAAAACCCAUACAUUAUGAAAAAAGUCCAGAAUGAAAUCGAUACUUGUGUUAAAAGGUAUGGUGGUUUUACAUAUGAAGCCCUGAACGAUAUGAAGUAUCUGGAAAAUUGCAUAAGCGAAACAUUACGUCUGUAUCCUGUUUUGCUUUCACUGACAAGGGAGUGUUUAACUGACUACAAAAUUCCUGGAAGCAAAACAGUAAUUCCGAAAGGUACCAGGGUAUUGAUUCCGCUAUUGGGAUUGCAAAGGGAUCCUAAAUAUUUUUCAAAUCCUGAAAAGUUUGAUCCUGAUCGAUUCAGUGAUGAUCGCAAAGAUUCAAUUACACCAUACACAUACAUGCCAUUUGGUGAAGGAAGAAGGGCCUGCAUAGGUAUGCGAUUGGCAAAAUUGCAAAUGAAAGUUGGAUUGGCUAUGACAUUAUAUAAAUUUGAUAUUUUGAAAAGUGCAAAAACUUCGCAGGAAAUUCGACACGAUCCAGAAUCAUCAGGAGUUUCACUUUUGGGUGGAAUUUGGCUUCAAGUUGCACACCGAAAAUAA